CUUUGAACAUGAGAACCGUCUUCGCUCUUGUUGCCUUCGUUGUGGCUGCUGCAUCUGCACAAACCACUUCGUAUUACAUCACAGCUCCAAUUCAAGGAACUGCCUUCAAAGCUGGCAGCAGCGCUGAAAUUGAUUGGAUUAAUGGCAGCAGCGAAAAUGUCACCCUUUCUCUCCUCAACGGACCUACCGCUCAAACACAGUCAGUUCUUUUAGUAAUUGCAAAGGACGUCAACGGUGAUGACGGCUCCUAUACAUGGACUAUCCCCACAACUGUUGGUGUCUCCAGCACUUAUACCGUUCAAAUCCAAUAUGGAACCGGAAAUUACUCCUAUUCUGCACCCUUCAGCGUCACUGGAGGUACCACCACUCUCUCCUACUCUGCCGUUCCCACUACCUCCUCCAUGCUUAGUCUCGCUUCGUCUUCUAUCGCCACUGCCAUUUCCACCGCUAUGAGCCACGCACCCUCUUCCAUCUCAGCCUCUGCUUCGAUCUCUGCUGCUGCCGCUACCAGCGCUACGCCUAGCAAGUCAAGCGGUGCUAUGCAGAAUGUCUCCCCAGCUUGGGCUCUUGCCAUUCCUGCUGUUGCAGCGCUUUUUCUCUGAAAUAGUUUAAUUCCAUCCCAAAUGUACCAAGUAGUUAGUCAUAGCAGAGGAAUUAUGUUGACUGUAUGUGUUUAUUCGAGCAUGGUCUGUGCAUCGUUCAAAAUACACAUUAUUGACUCUUUGAGUUCCACGGUAGUGGCAAGUGAAUCUAACCAUAUAACUUCAAAUAAUGAAAAGUUGGACUUAUAUGGGAGCUUUUUUUCGAUUCCCAAAAACGUGGUUCAUGUUUGUACCAACUGCUUAUUGUCAAAAUACGAGGUAUCGGCUUGUCAUCGCGUUUUUGAUCUGGUUUGUGACCGUUUAUGCCUGCAUUUCCUUGAGCCCUCUUUUUUUUUU